AUGGAUCAAGACGGUACGUUCACACACGCGUUGAUUACUGACCAAAUGGUAGACCUUUCCGAUCUGGAGGAUAACAUCCUUGACCAGCUGCACCAGAUCCGUGAGCUGAAGGAGCAGAAGAAGUCGCAGGCGUUACUGGAGUCUGACGAGGAAGAUCCACGCGAACGAGACCAGACUCCAUAUUUCCGCAAACAGCGCGCGCUCGAGACCAGAAUCAGACAGAAAAUCAAAGCCACACCCGUGGACACAUCGUCUUUCGCGCAGCGGCUCGAGAACUUCAACCAAAAACUGUCCACGGAAUCGUCCAAACGACGCCAGCUCCAGGAACAGAUCCAGCAGUUGCGCGUAUCGUCGUUCGACCACGAGCUGCUAGUUCAGCGCAUCAGCAAGGACGUUGACGAGGUUGACGAGUUCUCGAAAAACAAACUUUCCAAACGGUACUACUCGUCCGAGUCGCUUACUGCUCUGUUUAAAGACAUCCAGCCAUUAAGGGUGCACCACACUCUCGCCAAGAUCCACCCGCCCAAUUUUGAGUCGCCCAAUUACGCCAACUACGCGGUUGUCGGCGUAGUUGUUUCGAAAUCAGAGGCCAAACAGACCUCCAACGACAAAUCUAAGUACAUGUCUGUCCAGCUGUCGAAUUUCAAGCAGAACAUCACACUCACUCUAUUUGCCAAGGCUUUCAAGAAAUACUACAAGUUGCGGCUCGGCGACGUGAUAGCGGUGCUGAAUCCGCAGAUCUGGGUGUUUAAAGAACGGUCGGGGUUUGCCUUGUCGCUCAAAGAAGAUUACGACACGAUCCUGGAGAUCGGCCAUUCCAAGGACUUUGGACUGUGCAAGGCGCUCAAGAAAGACGGCUCGCAGUGCAACUCGCCCAUCGACACAAGCAAAACGCAAUACUGCGACUACCACACCGAGCUGAGUUUCAACAGAACGGCUUCCAAACGGCUCGAGCUGACGGGAAGCUCCAAGAUGUUCACUCCGUCAGAGAACGGCGUCAAACAGGCCAUGUACUUGUCGACAAAACAGAAGAAUGGCCAGGAGGUGCUGGACGGACAGCUGGUGGACGACGCACACGCCCCGAAGGAGAACCUGGGCCGGUUGUACUUUUCGAAUCCGGACGCUUCCAAGGCCUUUUUCGACGACUCUUACUCGAACCCGCGGCUAAUUGCCGAUAUAAGCGCUGCAAAGACCAAGGUCAAGCGCGCAAAGAACGAAAGACGGCUCCGAGAAAAGCUCGCUGGCAUCUCGGGCGGCGACUCGCUGAAAGACACAGGUGUCCAGUCCCCCACCACGCAAAAGGCAGUGAAAGUAGCUUUCGACCCGAAAACCAUGACCAAGAUCGGGUUCAACCCGACAAAACGGCUAUUUGAGAAGAAAAAGGACCACGAGAAGUCGCAGCACAAGUCAGAGCUGGUUGCAGAGCUGCUCAGCACGGCUAAAACACAGAAAUCGCUCGGAAGAAGCAAAGAAGAUAUCAAGCGACGCAAGCUCAUGUUUGGCAAGAAACCCGAGCAGAUGAUCGAGCUCAGCAGCUCCGACGAUGAAUAG